AUGGACGUUAAACAGAGUUCAUGUGGUGCUGCUGUUGCUGCUGAGCUUCCAGGGAAGACCCGCCUAGUGGUCCACUUGGGCUCUUUCGCACUCGACGCCUGCCGUCUCUCCCACCCCAUCCUCCGCUUCGUCCGCAACCUUGAACCCAAAUCUCCACCCUCCUCCAAACCCAACAAUGGAGUCUCCUCCUCCGACAUCGCCGUCGAUCCUUCAAGCAAUCUCUGGUUCCACCUCUACCUCCCCUCCUCCUCCUCCACCACCACCCUCCUCCCUCUACUCAUCUACUUCCACGGCGGCGGAUUCCUCUCCUCCGCCGCCAAUUCCAAAACCUACGACCUUCUCUGCCGCAACCUCGCCGCUCAUCUCCAAGUCACCGUCGCCUCCGUCAACUACCGCCUCGCCCCCAACCACCGCUACCCUUCCCAAUACGACGACGGUUUUGCAACCCUCAAAUUCAUCGACGCUCAUAACUAUGCCGUAUUACCCUCCAACAUUGAUCUCAACCAUUGUUUUCUCACCGGCGACAGCGCCGGCGGCAACAUAGCCCACUACGUGGCUGUCAGAUACGGCCGACACGAGUUUGAGAAGCUGAAUAUUAUUGGUUUGGUAGAGAUACAGCCAUUCUUCGGUGGAAAAGAGCACAGUGAAUCGGAACUCCGGCUCAGAUCGGACCGAAACCAUGAGGCGGUGAGUGGUGGUGAUAUGUCGGCGGCGGUGAAGUUUCCGGCGACGUUGGUGGUGGUUGGUGGUGGUGAUCCGUUACAGGACUGGCAGAGGAGGUACAUUGAGGGGUUGAAGAAAUCAGGGAAGGAAUAA